GGGCGGGAGCGGGAAACAAAAGGAGAGCAAAGGCGCAUGCGUUGGUGCUUCUCAGGUUCUGGCGGGCUCUUCCGCUCAGCCCGAGAGAAGUGCUUCCGGGUUGCCGCCGGCUGCCGCCUCCCGGCGCGAUGAGGAAACUGAGGCUCAGAGAGGUUAAGUGACUUGGCCAAGGUCAAACAGCUAGUAAGUGGUGGAGCCAGGACUCAAACCCAGUCUAGGAGCCAUGUCCACUUUGUUUCCCUCACUCUUCCCCCGUGUGACUGAGACACUGUGGUUUAAUCUGGAUCGACCCUGUGUGGAGGAGACAGAGCUGCAGCAGCAAGAACAACAGCAUCAGGCCUGGCUCCAGAGCAUCGCAGAGAAAGACAACAACCUGGUACCUAUUGGCAAGCCGGCCUCGGAGCACUAUGAUGAUGAGGAAGAGGAGGAUGAAGAUGAUGAUGAAGAUAGUGAAGAGGACUCAGAGGAUGAUGAGGACAUGCAGGACAUGGAUGAGAUGAAUGACUACAAUGAGUCACCUGAUGACGGAGAGGUCAAUGAGGUGGACAUGGAAGGCAACGAACAAGAUCAGGACCAGUGGAUGAUCUAGGUAGACAAGGCAGGGUGGCCUCAGGGAAAUUCCAGGCCAGCCGAACUUAUCCUGCAUUCCCUGCAGAACCAGCUGUUUGCCCCAGUGCCUGAAAGCUCACCCUUGGGUAUUUCUUCAGCUGCUGCCAGGAACUGGUCUCCUUGGCCCCUCCCAGGCCAUCAGUUUGCCCUUGAGUCCCCAGGGCCUGAGCCCAACCCACCUUUCUGCCUAGUACUUCGCCCUUUGGUUGCCAGGUAUAGUCUCUUUCUAACUCUCUUUAAUAAAGACACAGGACUGA